AUGUACCAGGAGGCCUUGGCCCCGGCGCUGCGCAAGGCCAACGCGAAGUCGCGGUCUUUCCUCAUUCUGGAGGACAACGACCCAGCGGGCUACAAGGCCAAACUCAGCAAAGAGGCGAAAGAGAUGGUGAAGUGCAUUCCCUUCCCCAUGCGCAGCCCUGACCUCAACGCCCUUGACUACGGCUUCUGGUCCAUGAUCAAUAAGCGCCUGCGGGGCCAGGAGGCGAAGUUCCCGCCGUCCAAGAAGGAGAGCAGGGCCGCCUUCAUUCGGCGCCUGAAGCGCACCAUCAUGCGGGUCCCCUCGGCCACCCUUGAGCCACUGGUGAAGUCCAUGAAGCGGCGCUGCACCGCGUUGCUGGCCGCGAAGGGCGUGAGCAAGGUUUGCCGGGUGCGCGCAGUGCUCCAAGUUCGCCAGGACGACCCCGAGGACGAUGGGGCAGCCGCUCUCGCGCGGCCCGCCCGAUCCCUGGCUUCCUCGGGCCACGUCGAGCCGAGGAAGAGCAACAAGUCCUCUUUCGGCAAGAACGUCAACGUGGCCGUGGCCAUCUCCGCAAGGAAGGUGCUCAUGUGCCACGCUGUGGACGGAUGUUGGAACGCGGCGACGGCGGCGGAGAUGUGCCGGGAGGCCUUGGCCCCGGCGCUGCGCAAGGUCAACGCGAAGUCGCGGUCUUUCCUCAUUCUGGAGGACAACGACCCAACGGGCUACAAGGCCAAGCUCAGCAAAGAGGCUAAGGAGAAGGUGAAGUGCUAUCACUUCCGCAAGCGCAGCCCGGACCUCAACCCCCUUGACUACGGCUUCUGGUCCAUGAUCAAUAACCCGGACCUCAACCCCCUUGACUACGGCUUCUGGUCCAUGAUCAAUAAGCGCCUGCGGGGCCAGGAGGCGAAGUUCCCGCCGUCCAAGAAGGAGAGCAGGGCCGCCUUCAUUCGGCGCCUGAAGCGCGCCAUCAUGCGGGUCCCCUCGGCCACCCUUGAGCCACUGGUGAAGUCCAUGAAGCGGCGCUGCACCGCGUUGCUGGCCGCGAAGGGCGCGGACUUCGAGGAGUGA